CCGUACAUUUCACAGCCAGACCCGGAGCAAUGUGUCGACUAUAUGCUUUAAACGACUGCGUGGUCCAAUGGACUAUAUCUACGCCACCUACGACGCAACCUGCGUAAAGAGUUACUGAACUGUGUAAACAACGGGAGCUGAUGUCUAUACUCUCAGGUGCUGAACAGCAGCAGUUGAGCGCUUCAGUAAUGGGGAGUAUAGAAGAACCGGCGGUUGUCACAGCGCAGCGUUCACCGGUUUCACCGCGGAGCGACCACAUCUCCUUCCUGGAGGGACACAACCUGUACGUCUGGGGGGGCUGCCAGUGUGUGGAUGGACAAGAAACCUUUUUGCCCAGUGAUGAGAUCUGGCUUUAUGACAUGGAGAGUGGAGUUUGGUCUCUGAGACAUAUGGGCGGAGAGGUUCCUCCUGUUCUUUCACAGGCUUGUGGUGCAUAUCUUCAGGGCAUGCUUUACAUUUUUGGGGGAUGUGACAUCAAUGGCCACACCAACACGAUGUAUUGUGUCGACCUGUUGGGUGUGGAAUAUAGCUGGAAAAAAGUGACAGACACAGUGGGAGGGACACCCUCUCCUAGGGUCAGACAUUCAUGCUGGGUCUACAAAAACAGGCUCAUCUACUUUGGUGGAUACGGUUGCAAAACAGUCAGAGAGGUCAACAACUCCAAGAGCUUUAUGGUUGACGAGACUAGCCGGGUAACAAUCGGGUCAGAUAUUUUCCAGUUUUGGGGUUGGAAUAAUGAGGUGCAUAUGUUUGAACCUGUGACAGCCACAUGGACUGAACCACAAACCCAGGGCCAGCCUCCAGAGCCCCGUUCCUCACAUGCCAGUACUACUUUAGGUCAUAAGGGCUAUAUCUGUGGAGGCCUGGAAAUGCAGAUGAUAGACAUUCAUUGUUUAGAUCUGGUAACAUGGACGUGGACACAAAUUGAACAUCAGACCACUUCUUUUCCAUGGGGCCGCACUCUUCACACACUGACUGCCAUCUCAGAUGACACACUCUUCCUGUUUGGAGGCCUCAGUACUUCUGGGGAUGUUCUCAGCGAUGGGUGGGAAUUUAACACUAAAACAAGAGAUUGGAGAGAGAAAGACCAUGCACAUAAAGACAAGCCCAGGUUAUGGCAUUCUGCUGAUAAGGGGAGAGACAGUGAUGUAGUCAUUUUUGGAGGAAGCCAGACCUACCUCUUUGUAAUGGAUUCAGUUGCAGUUCUCAGGUCUCCCUCUCAGAAUCACUGUGCAGAUGUACUAGUGUUUCAGACUCAACCGUACUCCCUGUCAAGAUUAUGUGAAGACUGCAUAGGCAAACACAUAUUUUCUGUCCAAGAGCAGGCGUCGUGGUUACCGGCCAAGCUUCAGAAGACAAUUGGCAAGAGGAUAUCCUAUUUCAGGGCAAAUGCUCAAAAUAUAGAUGCAGGUUCAUUGGUUCAUAAGGGUGGUCCUUGAUUAUUUUAAGAAUAUUUCUGUCCAAGAACUCCAAUUAAAGAAUUCCAAAAACAAUUAAAUACAAUUAUUAAUUUUAAAAUUAAACAUGAUGAUUAUUAUUAUUGUUAUUAUAAAUUGAGCAAUUAUGUUCUAAAAACCCUUUGACGUAAAAAAA